AUGCUAGUGAUUCUUCUUUGCCUGUCGUUUUCCAAUGUAGUACAUUCGUCUUACCACAUCAGAGAUAACUCACUCGUUCCUCCAUAUUCAAGCCCUCACUGGGUACCUUAUGGAUCAACGAUUAUUGAACCUCAGUUUGUACGCCUAACUUCCGAUGUAAAAAGUAAUCAAGGAGGUAUUUUCAAUAUAAAACCCUUAUUUGCUCGUGAUUGGGAGGUGGUUAUUUUGUUCCAUGUUCAUAGUCCCAAAACUCUGGUCGGUGAUGGAUUUGCUUUCUGGUAUACUCAACAUCCUCCUUCAAGUGGGCCGGCAUUCGGUAGUCGAGAUAAGUUCCGUGGGUUGGCCGUUUUCUUUGAUACUUACGCUAAUCAAAAUGGUGAGCAUAGUCAUGAGCAUCCUUAUGUCAGUGCAAUGAUUAACGAUGGAUCUAAACACUAUGACCAUGAUAAGGAUGGAACUUUAACUGAAUUAUCUGGUUGUUCAUCUAAUUUUCGUAAUAAUGACUACUCAAUGGCCACAAUUCGUUACGCUAAUAACCAGUUAAAGGUUUCUUUGAAAUAUCAAGGUGCUACAGAUCCUGUAGACUGUUUCACAGUUGACGGAGUACGUUUACCUACUGGCUAUUUUAUUGGAAUCUCAGCCGCUACUGGUGACCUUUCAGAUAAUCACGACAUAUACUCUAUUCAUACUUAUGAACUGGAUGUUGGUCGAAAAGACGAUCCGUUCGCUGACUUUUCUAAAAUUGAACCAUCAGCUGAUCAGGAGGCUGCACCAAGAGCUCGAGUCGAUGAUACUCCACCAUCGAGAUUCAGCCGCGUACUUACAUUAUUUUCUUGGUUAUUCGUAUUUGGAUUUAUUAGUGGUGGUGGAUAUAUGGGCUAUAAAUAUUAUAAGAAGCGUCAAAGGCAAAUGAAGCGAUUCUAUUAG